UUUGUUGCAUCUAUUUGGUGUUUUCGAUAAUUUUGGUGAAAUACCUACGUCCCAAACAGCAAAAUCAGCGCAUAACCAAAGGUACUCAUGUUUGAAAGCGAGCGGUUGGUGCUGUGUCCAUGCAAAUUUUGAAAUUCACAAAUGCAGCUGAAAUGCAUCGCAUUAAUUUGCUAUUUUUAGUCAUUUUGAUGCAAAAUCUUCGCUCAACACAGCAAAAUCAGGAUAAAACCCAAGGUAACCAUGCUAUAAAGCGAACAGAUGGUGGUGUGUCUUACGCAAAUUUUGAGGUUCACAAAUUUCAUCAUCUACAAGUAUCUCCGCCAGCCUUUCCCCAUGAAGUGCUUCAAGCUAAAGAAUGCGCGUUUGCCUGUGUUACUCAACAAACGUGUUACUCGUUCAACAUUGGGCUGUCUCCAAAUCAGAAAGGAAAAUUUCUAUGCGAACUUUUAAGCGGAGACAAGUUUAGAAGCCCAACAAAUUUGACAUUUUCGCAACAGUUUGACCAUUACAGCAUUGAGUCGCCGUGCUCAAGUCAUCCAUGCAAAAACAACGGUACAUGUAUCCCGAAUUACGAAGAGAAUACAUACAGUUGUAGUUGCACCCCUGGCCAUAGGGGUCGUUAUUGUGGCAAAGUCUGUUCAGCACCUUUAGGAAUGGAAGACUACAUAAUUACUUCUACGCAGAUUUCGGCUUCGUCUCAAUACGACAGUUAUCAUGCACCAAACCAAGGAAGACUUCACUUCAAAAAAACCGGGUCGUGGGUAGGCAGUUGGUCCGCGCUCGGGAAUAACGUCCAUCAGUGGUUUCAAGUUGAUCUAAGAAUUGAGACAACCGUUACAUUUCUGGCAACACAAGGACGAAAUAUGCAUGGACAGUGGGUAACCAAGUAUAAACUGCAGUAUGGUAACGACGGAAGCACAUUUCGGGUAUUUAAGCAAGACGGGGAGAGCUCUGAUAAGGUGUUUGUUGGAAACAGUGACAGAGAUACUGUUGUGAAGAAUCCUGUGAUCUCACCCGUCAAGGCUCGAUAUAUCCGGUUGAUACCCACAGAAUGGCACAACCACAUCUCUAUGAGGAUAGAAUUAUACGGCUGUCUUGAAAACAUGCAAGCUCUUGGCAUGGAAAGUGGCUCCAUUGCCGACUCACAAAUUAUCGCUUCUUCGAUGUACACCGUUUAUCACAAACCUGCGCGCGCACGACUCCAUACAAAGGAGCUUGGACUUUCAACAGGGACUGGUGGCUGGUCAAGUUUGACGAAUGAUUUAAACCAAUGGCUACAGGUCGAUCUCGGUAAAAUCACCAAUGUGACGUACAUUGCAACACAAGGAAGGAAUCAUUACUCGCCUUCACAGAGGGUGAAGAAAUACAAAAUCCAGUUCAGCGACGAAGGAGUCUCAUUUUUGUUUUACAAGAGACAAGGAGAUUCCUCCGACACGGUUUUCGAGGGCAAUUUCGACCGGGAUACCGUUGUUUAUCAUCUCCUGGAUCCACCUAUCACAGCACGAUUCUUGCGGGUAAAGCCAACUCAGUGGCAAAACCACAUUUCCAUGAGGAUGGAGUUAUAUACUUUCCCAGGAGAAACUUAAGCCUUUCACUCACCUUUGCAAGCGGCUGUAGGUUUAAGGACGAGCAGUACCUUCCAGGAAUUUCAGUGAGCCACAACGCUAGCUCAGUUGGCAGAAUACAGCAGUUGUAGUUUCUACAGCACAUCUUUCCGGGAUGUUUAGUUGAACGAUUUGGCAUACUAAUGUCUUCUUUACAAAAGUAUUGUACAAUUCGUACAAGUGUGUCGAUCCCUUCCUGAACACGGUUGUACAUUAUUUAUUAAUUAUCAGGAAUUAGCAAAACAUGACGACAGUUGUUUGCGAUCGUUUCAGUGCAUUUAGAAAAAAAUAGUAUAUAAGGCCUUUAUAUGUAAAUGGAUGACAAUGAAGUAUUCUUCCAAAGAAGGCCAAAUUUUUUUUAUUGUCCCAUACGAAUCAGAACAUAUCUCGCGUUAACCUUAAUUAGUUAAGUCUAUACAAGCAAUGAUUGAAAUCAAAAAUUACUGUACAAUUUCUUGCCCAAAAAAUAUCCUUGAGCUGAUAUAACAGUCUUAUACUAACAUGGGAAGCUAGCCCCGAAGUUUCGAUCUAAUACAAAGUUCUCUGGGUCGAACUGUCGGCUAAAAAGCAAGCCCAUCCCGAGAAAAAAGUAUCCGUUAGCGAAAUACUUAAUGUCUCGUGAGUGACUGUAAAAGAAAAAAAAACCAGACAACCAAACAAAAAAAAAAA